AUCGAACUUCGACGAUAAUUUACAUAGAUCCCUUUUUCAUUCUUCAUCCCAAAGAACUGCUCGCUCCCUCUCUUCAACGUUGAUCAUCUUCAACCUCAGGAUGUUAUCCAGUACACUCCGAUCGACCACCGGAAGGACUCUGUCUCGCCAGCUUGUCAACCUCAAGCCUGGUUCAAAGGCUUCCAACAACCGACACUAUGCGACAUUUCAACCUUACACUCCACCUCCCAACACAUCCGCCAGGUCCAUCAUCUUAUUUGGACUCGGUGUAGCGGGUCUGGGAGCAGGUGCCUAUUACUUUUCUCAACAGGGAAGAGGCGUCAUCAUCAAGUAUUUACCACCUUAUGAUCUACCUUCGUCUCCGGAUCACAGUGUAUUGGCCAAAGGCAGUUUGAAGGAACCAGGUAUACAUUCGAGAAGUGGCCCAUCCGAAGCUGCCAAAUCCGUUCAUCCAGUCCUCAAGCAAUCUUCCGAAUCUGCUCCUGCUCAAGCUCCUUCCGCAAUGAAGGAAAAGCUUGCCGAGGCUUCGGAUCCAUCUGAAGGUGCUUUCAACGAAGAGACCGGAGAGAUCAAUUGGGAUUGUCCGUGUCUCGGUGGAAUGGCCGAUGGACCCUGCGGCGAAGAUUUCAAAGCUGCCUUCUCAUGCUUUGUCUUUAGCGAAGCUGAACCAAAAGGAAUGGACUGUGUCGAAAAGUUUAAAGCCAUGCAGGAUUGUUUCAGGGAACAUCCGGAUGUCUAUGGAGAGGAGAUCGAAGAUGACGACGAUACGCCCGCGAGUUCCUCUAAAUCUUCUGCUCCUUCCUCCAAGGACGAUGACUCACCUGCCCACCCUAUCCCUGGAAACCCCGUGGGUGAUACUCGGACGCCAAGACAGAGAGAACAAGGACUUCCGGGCGUUCCCAAGGAUACUCCACCUGAGAAUUCACCAGUGCACAGUGCCACGCCGAACAACUCGCCAAAGAAGGGUCCAAAGCAUAUUGAAAAGUAGGCGAUCACCCUCAAGCGAGCGAGUGCGAGCAGUUUCUGGUGAAGACUCCAGAAGUUUUUUGAGUGGUAGGGAAGAGGAACGAGUGGUUUAAGAAGGUGCCGUGGAGACUGGCUUUUGAGUUGAUACAGGCAUAUUGUGGGGGAAUGGGACAUCAGAUUAGUCUGUCUUGGUCUAGAGAGGGGGAUAGAAAGAAUAUAGGUCAGGUUAGAAAAGCAGUAGCAAGGCAAAGAAGGCAAUGGCAGAACAUUGAAAGCAUGCACAUAGGUAUAAGGGGGUU